AUUUCCAGGCGCAAAGGCCGCCGGGAGUUGUAGUCCCAGAGCGUCAGUCAACCUCGUCUGACGUACAGGCCCGCUAGGGGGCGGGGACUACGGCCAAUCGGAUUCGGACUUUGCCCCCGUUAUUCCCGCCCCUCUCCCGGCUUGGCCAAUGGGAGGGAAGGGAGGUCGGGGAAGCGGAACUAACGGGCGGAGGGAGCGGCAGGCUGAGGGCCGCGCCGCUGCGGAUGCGCCUGCGCAGGAGCCUGGCCCUCGUGAGGGGCCUCUGCGGGAGGGGGCCAGCCAUGGCCGCGCGGAGAGAUGGCGUCACUUCCGGGACAGAGGGGGAGGGCGAGGGCGGCGACGUCACCGCCGGGAUCAUCAUCAUUGGCGACGAGAUCUUGAAGGGCUACACGCAGGACACGAACUCCUCCUUCAUGUGCAAGGUGCUGCGCUCGCUGGGUGUCCGCGUGGCCAGGAUCUCGGUGGUGCCGGACGACGUGGCGGCCAUCGCAGGGGAGGUCUCCUCCUUCUCCGCCCGGUUCUCUUUCGUCCUGACCUCGGGGGGUGUCGGCCCAACACAUGAUGACGUCACCUUCGAGGCGGUGGCCCAGGCCUUUGGGGAGCGGACCACCCCGCACCCGGAGAUGGAGGCGCUGGUGGAGCGCUUCUUUGGCCGGUCGGAGGCCGCCGGCUCCGGGGCUGCCAAGCUGGCCCGCCUGCCCCCCUCCGCCCUCCUCCACUACGGCGUGGACAAGGCCACCGGCCAGAGGCUGCCCUUCCCGCUGGUCAGCGUCCGCAACGUCUACGUCUUCCCCGGCGUCCCGUCCCUGAUGCGUCGGGCCCUCGAGGGGCUGGGCCACCUCUUCCUCAACAAAGAGACCCGCUUCCGCUCCCGGGAGAUCUACCUGGAUGCCGACGAGGCCCAACUGGCGCCCCUCCUGGACCGCGCCCAGGCCAGCUUUGGGCGGCGCACCAGCCUGGGCUCCUACCCGGACUGGGCCAGCAACUACUUCCGGGUCAAGCUCACCCUGGACUCCGACUCCGAGGCAGACCUGGAGGAGGCCUACGCGCACCUGAUGGAGGCGCUGCCCAAGGAGGCUGUGGUGCCUGUGGUGACCGACCCUGUCUCCCGAGCGGCCGAGGACGUGUCUGCAUUGGCGGAGUCCGGGUCCCCUCUCGGCCAGAAAGUGGCAGCCGCCGUCCGCACCAUCGAGGAGGCCUUGGACCGCUACCCCUUCUCGGGGCUGUGCGUGGGCUUCAACGGGGGCAAGGACUGCACCGCCCUGCUCCACCUCUUCCACGCGGCCGUCCAGAAGAGACACCCGGGGAGGACGGAGAAGCUGAAGGCGCUCUACAUCCGCACCGUCUCCCCUUUCCCGGAGAUGGAGGAGUUCAUCCGAGACACGGCGCAACGGUACAACCUCCAGGUCUGCGACGUCCACGGGAACAUCAGGGAGGCGCUGGGGGACCUGAAGGCCCAGCACCCGGAGCUGGAGGCCGUCCUGAUGGGCACGCGCCGCACGGACCCCUACUCCUGCACCUUGUCGGCCUUCAGCCCCACGGACCCCGGCUGGCCCCCCUACAUGAGGGUCAACCCCCUCCUGGACUGGACCUACCGGGACAUAUGGACCUUCCUCCGCAGCCUCUACGUCCCUUACUGCAUCCUUUACGACAAAGGGUACACGUCCUUGGGGAGCAUGAGCAACACCAAGAAGAACCCUGCCUUGCGCUACACCGACGCCCGCGGGCGAGAGAGCUACCGGCCGGCCUACGAACUGGAGAACGAGGAGGACGAGCGCACCUCCCGCCAUUGACCCCAGCCGCGUGCGCGCCCUCCCCUCCGUUUUGGAAAGAUAAUAAAAGCAGCCAAUGAGUUCUA